AUGCAGCCAGAGGCGCCUACCGAGCAGGGACCCUCUACUGAGGAUUCCGAGAACCUUCCGCCAGCUGCCAAACGCCGUCGUCAGUCCCCUCUGGAUGUGCCUGAAUCAAGCAAUGCUCCGUCUGUCGCUAAAGGAUUGGUCGACGUAGUAACUCAUAGCCCCCAAAGCCGGGAGGAAUCCGCCCGGGAAGCCGAAAUGCAGCGCUCAGCUUCACCCCAAGACAGUUCCAUCAGGUACACUCGGACAGGUAGAGUCAGCAGGGCCUCAAAAGGGCAGCGUGUGCACGACUGCAAGGCUUGUGGAAAGAUCUAUACUCGCGCGGAGCACCUCCGACGCCACGAGCAGAACCACAAGCCUGGUGCUUUCCUAUGCGACGUUCCACGCUGUGGCAGAUCGUUCUAUAGGGAAGACCUUCUGACUCGGCACAAGGAGCGGCACAAUGAUCCUCUUAAUCCGCCGACGCGUAGGGCGUCCAUAACCAGUCAUAUAUCCCCGACAGAUGGCGGUCCACCAACCAUUGUUACCGCAGGGCAGGCUACGCCUUCACUACCAGCGCCAAUCCGUGGUGAUCUUAAUGGCGACACCCUCCCGGACGUCUUGCGCGCCAACGGUCCUGCAACAGCACCACAAGCAGCGCCGUCGGUCAGGUAUGAUACUCCAAGACUAUUUCGUGAGCCUCAAUCAUUGAGCAGUUUCUUCGACUUUCUUGCGUUAUGGCGGUACAGAGAGCCUCGCGCAAAGGCACCCUGGGAGCUUCCGGUAGGGCCACCAGUGAUCAUCAGCGUUGAGACAUCCGGCGUUCCAUAUGCGGAAUAUCCAUAUGGUGUGCUUUUUGACCCAUCGCCGCCCUACUCACCAUCCGGCUACACGUCGCCAACAAAUGAGUACUCCUACUCCUGGGGCGGACCUUACUACAAUCAGCCGAGCUCAGGACGGACGCGACAUGGCUCAAGCGCUGACGUUUACGGACAGGCGCUGGCUACCUCUUCACGAUCGCCGCUUUCAGCUGGGAGCUCAUCCGCGCAUAUGCAUCACUGGGGUGCUUGUAGUCAGAGCCCGGCUGGUCUCCAGCACUUGCCGUCCACGUCAAGCUCAGAGGGCGUCUUCGCGGCCGACCCUCUAGAACGCAUCUUGAGCGCACACAUGGUCCCGGUUUUCUCCAAUGGCGUACUCCGUAUGAUUACAGCUGAAGAGCGAGACCUAAUUGAGACGGAUGAGCUGCUGAUACCGACUGGAUCGCCACCAGUGUCAAUGGAAGACUUCACUCUGGAUACGAAUCCACUAAGCAAUGAAAGCCGUUAUGCAGAAGCAUACUGGGAGCAAAUUCAUCCUCUCUUCCCGGUAGUACACAAGCCGACCUUCGACCUCCGAAGCGCAUCUCCCCUUCUUCGGGCAGCUAUGUUCGCCCUUGGCGCACACACGCAGCGGAACCAUGUGGAUAUGAACAAUGCAAGAGUUAUACACGAGCAAUGCACGAGAACGUUGAAGAAGCGGAGCGCGAGUACAUGGCAUACCUAUCGCCCCUGCGACAUGCAGGCGAUCUUCCUAUGCGAAGUCUUUGCCGUCUUCAAGUGUCGCCGGCCGCCCUUACACCUCUCAAAAAAUUUCGAGGACGUCUACCGGCUGUUAGUGGCCGACUAUGACGCUAUGACGCCCGAGACAGCGACUCCAUUGAAUGAUAGCCCGCUUCAGUCACGAACCUACAGCAGCAACCUAGCAGACUCCAUGCAAUCAGACAUUGACGCCCAAUGCAAAAGGCGGUUGCUGCACGCAUGUUACAUUCUAGACCAGCAGCACGUGAUGCUCUUUGGUCGACAGCCGACGGAUUGCCUUUCGAGCUCUGUAGGUGGCCUUAUUGGCUUGAACCUUCCUAUGCUGAUGGAACAAUCGUUCUUCGAUGCGCUACCCGAAGACCAGCUCGCCAAGCGUCUCCAGGAUGGACGCCCUGACCUAGCCCAACAGCAACAGGUAUACCAUGUCCUGGCAGCAGUACCAACAAUGCUGAACACCUUAGCCCAACCGCAUGACACCCUGCAGUCGAUGUUGAUGUUGGCCUGCCUCACAGAUACGAAGCAUGACUUGAUAACGCUGGGUUUUGACGAUGACGCGGACCUCAGCGCUGUUCUCAAUGCCAUCGAACAGACACCACGUAUGCGGCUCGCUUAUCACACGCUCAUGCUUGCUCGGAACACGCCAAUCCGAGACCUUCUGGCGGUUGCGGGCGAGUCGUGGGUGGUUGGAGAGAAGCUUAGCUCCGCAGACCAGUACAUCGCGGCACAGCUCGCGGCGAGAGACUGGGCGGCGACUACCGUCCUGACAGGCUUGCCUGGACACGGCGGCGCGGACCAGGCCCGGUCGCCAGCCCAGCGAGCUGUCUUCCACGCCCUCCAGAUUCUGGGCAUCCACUCAUCGCACCCGGAGACUGGCUUACUGUUCCAAGAAUGGAGCGUCUACCUCGCCGCAGUGGUGAUCUGGGCACGCAGUUACUUUUCAACCAGUGAGGCGCGCCGAAAACCACGCCUGUCGGUACCGAGCCCUACCGAGCCGAAGCUGCCAAUACUAGAGCUGGAUGCGUGCGUAGCUGCCCUCAUCACUGCCGGGCCGUCGGCAGUGAUAAGCUGGAUCUCCGCUCGCCACGCGUUGAUGUGGGCGAAAAGUCAGAUCGAAAAGGUUGACAUACUGCACAACUGUGGUCUCACGAAUGGCGCGCUCGAUAUUUUGGGCAAGCUCAUCACCCGUGGUAAUGAGGACGGCUGGUUUGCAUGA